AUGGCGAAAUUGUCACAGUCUGAUUCCAGACGGAUGUACUCGUGGUGGUGGGACAGCCAUAUUAGCCCAAAAAAUUCAAAAUGGCUUCAGGAAAAUCUCACUGAUAUGGAUUCCAAAGUCAAAACAAUGAUCAAGCUCAUUGAAGAAGAUGCAGAUUCCUUUGCAAGGAGGGCGGAAAUGUAUUAUAAGAAACGUCCAGAACUUAUGAAAAUGGUUGAGGAAUUCUACAGAGCAUAUCGCGCAUUGGCAGAAAGAUAUGAUCAUGCAACUGGUGUCAUUCGCCACGCCCACCGGACUAUGUCAGAAGCUUUUCCAAAUCAAGUCCCCCAAUUAUUUGCUGAUGAUUCACCUGCAAGUUCUGUGUCUGGGACUGAUCCCAGAACGCCCAAGAUUUCAACCCCAGCACAUGCACUAUGUGAAGAGGAUAGUCUGCAAAUGGAUGCUCUGAAUUCAUCUGAUUCCCUCGCCCUCAAACAGAAUGGAGAAUUCACAGAUGAUUCUGAUUCCGUAACAAGAAGGAUUGUGGAAGUGAGAAAGGGUCUCAAUUUUGAUGAGGUAGAGGAGAAAGAAAAAAGCAGGCAGGACUCUGAGAAUCACAGUGUCAAGGAAGAAACACAAUCAAGAUCAGAGAAAGUGGGUGAAUCUGAGGGGAUACUUACCUUGAAGGAAGCCCUUGCCAAACUGGAAGCUGAGAAGGAAGCUGGCCUUGUGCAGUACCAACAGAGUUUGAAUAAACUGUCCAUUCUUGAGUCUGAUAUCGCUCAUGCCCGAGAAGUUUCCAGAGAGCUCAAUGAUCGUGCAAGCAAAGCAGAAAAUGAAGCUGUUAUCUUCAAGGAAGAACUGUCCAAAUCAGAAUCUGAAAAGGAAGCUAACCUCCAAAAGUACCAUCAGUGCUUGGACAAGAUAUCUAAUCUAGAGAAAAAUCUUUCUAGUGCCGAAGAGGAUUUGGAGGAACUCAAUGAAAGAGCUAGCAGAGCAGAAACUGAAGCGCAAUCCUUGAAAGAUGAGCUUACUGAGGUAGCUGUUGAAAAGGAUACAGCUCUCAAUAACUACAUGCAAUCUUUGGAGAUGAUAUCGAACUUGGAGAACAAAUUAGAAAUCACUGAAGAGGAUGCUAGAAGGCUGAAAGAGAGAGCAGAAAAAGCAGAAAGUGAAGUUGAAGUUCUAAAGCAAACCAUUUCCAAAUUGACUGAGGAGAAGGAAGCUGCAGCUCUCCAAUACCAGCAGUGCUUGGAGACAAUUUCUUGUCUAGAGAAAAAACUCACAAGUGCCCAGGAGGAGGCCCAACGGCUUAACGGCGAGAUAGAUUAUGGAGUUUCCAAGUUAAAGGGCGCUGAAGAGCAAUGUCUUCUAUUAGAAAGAUCAAACCAGUCACUUCACUCUGAGUUGGAAUCUUUGAUGUUGAAGAUGGGAACUCAAACUCAAGAACUUACUGAGAAGGAUAAUGAAUUGGGAAGACUUUGGGCUUGCGUACAAGAAGAACGCUUGCGUUUUGUGGAGGCUGAAACUGCUUUUCAAACUUUGCAGCACUUGCAUGCUCAAACUCAGGAAGAGCUGCGGUCUUUGGCUUCAGAACUGCAGAGGAGGGCUGAACUUUUGAAGACUGUGGAGUCCCAUAAUCAGAGUUUGCAAAAUGAAGUUCUACAGGUUAACGAGGAGAACAAGAACCUCAAUGAGAUCAAUGAAUCUUCAGCAUUGUCAAUAGAGGAUAUGGAAAAUGAGAUCACUGGCUUAAAAGGAAGAAACAGGAAACUUGAAGAGGAAGUUGAGCUUCGACUUGAUGAGAGAAAUGCUCUCCAGCAAGAAAUAUACUGUCUGAAAGAAGAACUGAAUGAUUUGAACAAGAACCACACUUCAGUUCUGGAGCAGGUGCAUGCAGUAGGCAUUAACCCAAGGUCCUUGGGAUCAUCAGUCAAGGAAUUACAGGAUGAGAAUUCAAAUCUGAAGGAAACUUGCUCUAGAGAACAAAAUGAGAAAGUAAAUCUCUUGAAGAAACUGGAAAUACUGGAGCAGCUUCUUGAGAAAAAUUCCAUAUUGGAAACCUCCUUAUCAGAUUUGAAUGCCGAACUAGGGGUAGUCAGAGGACAGAUGGAAGCACUGGAUCAAUCCUGCCGAUCUCUUUCAGAGGAAAAAUCCUCCCUUAUUGAUGAGAAGGACGCUCUCAUGACUCGGUUACAGGUGACAAGCGAGAAUCUGGAAAAACUCUCGGAGAAGAACUCUCUUCUGGAGAAUUCCCUUUCUGAUGCUCACGAUGAACUUCAAGCCUUGAAGGCUGAAUCCAAAAGCCUAGGAAAUUCAUACCAGUUACUCGUGGAGGAGAAGACUGUCCUAAUCAAUGAAAGGAGUGAUUUAACUUCUCAGUUGGGAACCACCCAGACAAAGCUAGAAGAUAUGUGUAAAAUUUAUGGAGAUUUGAAAGAGAAAUACAUGGCUCUGGAGAAGGAGAAAGAAUCCACUCUUGGCAAAUUAGAAGGGCUGCAGAUGUCAUUGGAUGUAGAAAGGCAAAAACAUGCCAAUUUUGUCCAAAGGAACGAGCAAAGAUUCACUGACGUCCAAGCUGAGAUGGAGCUUUUGCAGGAAGAAUCUCAACAAAGAAAGAGAGAACUUGAAGAAGUGCUGGAUAAUACUUCAAAUUAUGAUAUUGAAACAUUUGUCCUACGUAAGACUGUCGAAGAUCUAGAAGAAAAUAGUUGCUCCUUGCUGAUUAAGCAUCAGAAACUCGUAGAGGAAUCCAAUUUGUCAGAAAAGCUGAUUUCAAAGUUGGAACGAAACAAUGUUGAGCAAAAAGUUGAAAUCAAAUCCUUAUUUAAUCAAGCUACUAGUCUGAGGGAGGGAACUUAUGAGGUGUUGAAAGCACUCCACAUUGUUCGAGAUCACCCAUGCAAUGAUCAAAAUGGGCAAGACCAUAUCUAUCUCAACCAAUUGCUGAGUGAAGUUCUAGAUAUGAAGAAAUCCCUCCACCAAGCUGAGAUAGAAAAUCUGCAGCAGACAGUUGAAUUGUCAGUUCUUGUCAUGUUGAUUCGGCAACUAAGACUAGAGGCACAGAAUCUCGAGCUAGAAAAGAACACUGUUGAGCACGAGUUCAAGAUCAAGAGUGAGCAGUUCUUGAUGUUGCAGAGCAAGGUCCUCGAACUCCAUGAGACGAAUAAAGAAUUGUUGUCCAAAUUAAGGGAAGGGGAUUGCAAAGAGGAAGCGCUAAUGACUGAGAUAGAGGAUCUACACAGGAAGUUAAUGAACAUGCAAGAUGCUUGUCGGGUGGUUCAUGGAGAGAAUUUAGACCUUCGUGAAGAGAAAAUAUCCUUGACAGAUGAGCUCCUACUCUUGAAGCAAAAUAAACAUAUCCUACAAGAGGAAAAUUGUGUUUUGCAUGGUGAAAUGUUGACUCUAGAUUAUCUUUCCUUAAUUUUCAGAAACUGUAUUGAUGAGAAACAUGUUCUAUUGAGACAACUUGGUUCUGAUCUAAAUAAACUUCACGAUGUCAAUGGUGCUCUUAUGGGAAACUUAAGCUUAGCAGAAGGGAGGUUGGACAAAUUGCAAAUGGAAAAUGCCGACGUCAAGGAAGGAUUACUGAAGUCAGAGAAGGAAUUGAGGAUUUUCUCUAUCGCCAAAGAUAAUCUGACUAACCUGAUUGAAAAUGGAAAGAAUAUGUUACAUCAGAAGGAACUGGAACUUCAGGAAGCAGAACAAAAGGUAAAUCUACUGGAAAAUAAGAAUUUUGAGUUGAUUAAAAUUGUGGAAGGUCUAACUGUGGAGUCCAAUGAACUUAAGAUGAUCAGAGAAGGUCAAGAAAAUCAGAUUCUCAAACUAUCUGCAGAUAAUGACCACUUAAAUAUGGAGAAUAAUCGCCUGUGUGAAGUAAGUCAGGUAUUGGAACUUAAUCUGCACAACUUGCUCGGAGAGCAUGAAAAGAGCAAAGCCCAAGAAGAAAAUUUACAUUCUGAGCUGCAAAAGAAAAUAAAUGAGAUUGAUAUGUGGGAGAUUGAGGCUGCAUCUCUGUUUAAUCAAUUACAGAUGUCCAUUGUCAAUCAGCUUCUUUAUGAGCAGAAGUUUCAUGAGCUCAGUAAAACUUUUGUUGACUCUACAAAUGAAAAUGAAGGUCUCAAAACUCAAUUGGCUGCACAUGGCCCUGCAGUAAUUUCCUUGGAGGAAUGUAUAUCAUCCCUGGAGAAGAAUAUCAUUUUACCUGUCAAGCUUCAAGAUUCUGAAGAAGACAAAAAGGAGGAUUCUCAAGAGAGGAAUCAUGUCAUUGGAAACCAUCUGAUUGAAAAUGAAAAACCCGUGAUGCCCGACACUUUUUCAGGUUUGCAUAAUCUGCAGGUGAGGAUUCAAGCUAUUGAACAGGCAGCAGUUGAAAUAUAUCAACUAAGAGUUCAAGAAAGCGUUCAUCUCCAUGCGAAACUGGAGGCUGCAACUAGGCAAGUCGAGGAGUUAAAAUCCGAAAGUAGCCAAUAUAGGAGAAAUUUGAAGUCAUCAACUGAAAUUUCCGAGGUAGACAAUACACUUCUGACAAAAGACAUCGUGCUUGAUCAGAUUUCCGAAAGUUCGUCUUAUGGAAUUAGCAAGAGAGAACAGGUCGAACCUGAUGAUCAAACAAUUUCACCAACCACAGACAGAAAUCAUGAUUUUCACCCUGUUAAAUCAGUAAGGAAACAGAAAGGCGAGCAUCUUGUUUCAGACGGACUGACCGAGAAGGAGUUGAGUGUUGACAAGUUGGAGAUUUCAGAAAGAUUUACUGACCCCCUUCAAGAAGGGAGCAAGGGUAAGGCAUUGGAAAGGCUGAAUUCAGACAUUCAGAAAUUGGCAAAUCUUCAAAUUACAGUUCAAGACUUGAAGAGGAAACUCGAAGUUACUGAGAAGGGCAAAAGGGGAAAAGAUGUUACUGAAUGUGAGACACUGAAGGGACAGCUCGAAGAAGCUGACAUCGCCAUCAUGAAGUUGAAUGAUCUCAAUGGGAAAUUGAUAAAAAGUAUCGAAAACAAUUCUGUCCCAGAUGUUAAGUCCUCAUUCGACUCAGAAGAUGACGGGAAUGUCAAAAGGAGGAGAAUUCCCGAGCAGGCACGAAGAAUGUCCGAAAAAAUUGGGAGGUUGCAGUUAGAGGUACAGAAGUUACAGUUUGUUUUGUUAAAACUUGACGAAAAGGACAAUAAGGGAAAAACUCCGACAUCUGAAACAAAACGAAGAAUUGUUUUGCGGGAUUAUCUCUAUGGUGUGGGAAGAACCACAAACGGACGAAAGAAAUCACAUUUUUGUUCAUGUGUGCAACCUUCGACGACUGAAGAUUGA